GCUGUGUUCGUCGUACAAUACUAUCUUUGGCAUAAAUUACAUGCGUGUAAGCAUACACUACAUUCGCGAAAAAAUGGCAGCUGACGAUUAGAGAGAAGUGUGUGGAUCUUCACUCGAAAAAAAGACGGCACUUAACAAAAUUACACAGAAGUGGACUUGGUCACCAUUGGUUGUCAUCAUAGUGGAAGUGUCGCCAUUGGUCAUCAGUCAUCAUGGGAAAAACUCCACUGAAAGAUCAGAAAGAUGGCAAAAAAGAGAAACUGGGAAGGACAGUUCCACCAACAGGUACAACCCCUGCAACAACUAAAGAUGCUUUCAGCUGGGAAGAAUAUCUAAAAGAAACGUCAUCUACACCAGCUCCACCAAGCUGUUUUCGUCAGGCCCGAAUCCCACCAUCCAACGACUUUAAGGUGGGAAUGAAGCUUGAAGCCCAUGACCCUCGCAAUUCCACCUCAGUUUGUAUUGCCACUGUGAUGGGAUUAACUGGGGUUCGUCUGCGUCUCCGUCUGGAUGGAAGCGACAACAGCAAUGACUUCUGGAGAUUGGUAGACUCCUCUGAUAUCCAGCCCAUCGGCACCUGUGAGAAGAAUGGAGACAUGUUGCAGCCACCUUUGGGAUUUCGGAUGAAUGCCUCCUCGUGGCCCAUGUUUCUGUUGAGAACCUUAAACGGAGCUGAAAUGGCACCAGCAACAGCUUUUAAAAAGGAACCUCUGACGCCCUCCCAGAACAACUUUAAACCAGGCAUGAAGCUGGAGGCUGUGGACAAGAAGAACCCAUACCUCAUCUGUCCUGCCACCAUCGGAGAAGUGAAGGGCGAAGAAGUGUUCAUCAUGUUCGAUGGGUGGCGGGGUGCCUUUGAUUACUGGUGCAAGUAUGACUCCCGGGACAUCUUUCCUGUGGGCUGGUGCUCCCUCACUAAGCACAGCCUCCAGCCACCAGGCAACAGUGUUAACCUGCCAAAGGCCCUGCAGAUUCUCCCAGCGUCCCCCUCCAAGCCCAACAGGCGUUCCAUGCAGUCCCCCUACAGACUCCCCAACCCUCUGCCGCCUUUGCCUGUCAGGAAGGGGGUAAGAGGCCGUCGACCCAAGAGCGAAACCAUCGCUCUGCUCAAAGCUGUGGCAGAGGCAGCAGCCGCCCAAAACGGAACUGUUCCUGAAAACACGCAGCUUGUACCUCGGCCCCACAAGAAGAGAGGCCCCAAACCUGGAAGCAAGAGAAAGCCCAAGAUUCUCCAAAGCCCGGCCCAGCUGCCCAGCAUCCGGGUUCCACAAGAAAGCCCUGCAAGCCUCAGCUCUGUGGUUUCAACAGUGUGUGUGUAUGUGAAUAAGCAUGGGAACUGUGGUCCCCACCUGGACAGGAAGCAGAUGCAGCAUCUGCCUGACCACUUUGGGCCGGGGCCCGUGAAUGCCGUGCUCCAGCAGGUGGUCCAGUCAUGCAUAGACUGCGCAUACCAGCCUAAAGUCCUGCUCAGUGCUCUGCAGACUCAUUCAGGAGGAGGAGAGGUUGUCAGAGUGAGAACAGACGGCGGAGUUCGUGCGGUCACUCUACCAUCAGCCUCCAGUGCUUCCUUUGUGCUGCGGUUCUUGGAGACCAUGUGUCGUCACCUGCAGUGUGACAACCUGUUCAGCAGCCAGCCGUUCAGCCACUACACCGCUUAUGACAGGACCAAAUCAGUGAAAGAAGAGGCGUUGGACACUCCAUCUCUGGCUCGGGGCAGCAAACGGAGUCUCUCUGGCGUCUCCCCAUCGUAUGCAGCCCCUCUAUCACCCAAACAUUUACGCACCGAAGCUCACCCUUCAGAAGCAGAGACCCUGCCCCACGAAGAGAACGGCCUAAUAAAGGAGCAACGCUACAUGGACUCAGCCUCAAACUCCAUGACCCCUCGAGCACAAACAGUGCGCAGUUCCUCAGAGUACCAUUCUCAGGCCAGCAGCAUCUACCACCCCGGCAACGGCACACCCAUGCGCCGCCUCUCCUCCAACCUCGCAGAGCUCUGCUCCACACAGCCUCUCAGACGAGUUGAAGCAGCCAGCUCCACCACAGGUCCUGAGGCUGUAGUGUCUGAGCGGGAAAGUCUGCAGCUGCCGAAUAAAAACCCCUCCUCCUGGUCCAUUGAAGAGGUGAUGCAGUUUGUGAGAGAUGCUGACCCCACAGCUUUAGCUCCACAUGCGGAACUAUUCAGAAAACAUGAGAUUGAUGGAAAAGCUCUGAUGCUUCUACGGAGCGACAUGAUCAUGAAGUACAUGGGUCUGAAACUAGGGCCUGCACUGAAGUUAUGCCACCAUAUAGAGAGAUUGAAACAAGGCAAGCUGUAACAGCAGCCAGGGCAGCCCUGUCCCUGCCAGACCCAUGAGCAAUAAGCCCUGAUGAAGCCAGCAUUUGGACACUGACUCAUGGGGCAUGCGGGAGCUACACGCUAGACUCCACCUCGUGGGACUGAUGUUACGACUUCAUCCUGACUCCAGAGUGGAGAACGUGUGCUGUGCGUUGCUGACACAUUACCUCAUCCCCUCAUCAGUGAACAAAAAGCUGUUCAAGUCUAACAGACGCCAUGUGACUUUAUGAAAUCCCAAAGGAAAAGAAUCCCUGUAGUGUUUACAUUGCAUAGCACAUGUGCACACGUGGACACGUUUUUUUUUUACGGAGAUGAAAACUUUUGAUCCUGGUUUUGGAUCCCCAAAGAUGGAGAAUGUUUCUUCUUUAUAUAAUGUUUUUAUUCUUGAUGAAUUUCCAGUUAAAUAAGGAAAGGUUGGUAUACUGAAAAACAAAGAAAAAAACCCCAUCAUCAUCAGAUGUUCUUCCCCAUGCUCUUCAAGAGAAUUUGGAUGCUGUUGUAUAGCUGUUUUAAUAUGUAUGCCACAAGGUAUAUCUUCCUACACAGUGCUAGACAAACAGUAUCACGGUAGGGGUCAUGCUGUAUUCUGACAUUUUUGAUUGAACCUUUUCCACGAGUGUCCUGCAGGAUCAUCUGCUGUGUGGCAUGAUGUAUUAUUGUGUCUUAGUGGGCCCUACGUUGCCUUCCACUGGUCCCCACGCAGUUCUUCUCAAAGUCAAACCGUUUGCAACCCGGGCUCUGAGUUAACUGUGAAGUUAUGGGUUUAUCAAUUUCAACAGACAGAUUGUUAAGGAAGUGCAAAUACAACAUUUCUAAGGGCUUUCUAUGUUUAGUUUUUAUGUAAUAUUUUUAUCAGUCAUAAUCAUGUAAGCUCGUCGGUCCGCCUCACUUUUGACCGUUCCAAUCACUGUUAGCAAUGAAAACAGAUAUGUACAGUUUUAUGGGUUUAACCAUGAAUAUCAGCGACAGAAUGUACAUUUUGUAGAAGCGUAAUAUUUUAAGGAAAUCAUAUACACACGUUAGAAAUGUGAAGAUAAAGGGGAUGGGGAUGUGGUGAAUAUUUCACAGUGGAUUCCAUUCUGCUUUUUAACACAGUGCUUUUAGUUCAAAUACUCCCAGUAACAGACUCUGCCUUGCUUUACCUACGACAUUUCUCAGGUUUAUGUGAUCUUUGUUAGUACAAGCUUUUGUAGCAUACUGUUUAUAAUAUACUUAACAGAAUUUUCCUGUUACACCCUUCCUAGAUCGGAAAAAAGACUUGUGCCAUAUGAUAUUCAACACAGGAUCGAAGUGCUGUUGAUUUCCCUCUCUUGCAUCUUCUUUUAAGUACUUGAAAAAUAUGUGUUGCUAAAAGUCACUUGUCCAUUAUGUCACACCAGAUAAACAUAAAUGUGUUUAUGAUGUGUAAUUCCUAUUUUUUUUUUUUUAUAAACCUACCAAAAACAAAA